GCGGCGCUCCCGGUAAACACUGCCCGGGCCGGGCCAUGGCUCCCGCCGCCUCCCCAUAGCUCUGCCCGCCGCCUCCCGCGCCGCCUCGGCGGGAUCGGGGAGCGCCGCGGGAGCCGCUCAGCUCCCUUCCCUCUCCCGCGCCCCGCCGAGCGGGGCCGGCGGCCCGGAUUGCGGCGGGAGGGUCGCGCCCGUUCAGCGGGGUUUGAAAUUCCUGCCCUGCCGAGCCGAACAAAGAGCGGGAGAGCUCCCGGACCCCUCCCCUGCAGUCCCACGCCGCCGACGCUCACCCGCGGAGCGGCCCCCAGCCCCUGCUCCGGGCCCCGCUCCCGUGCCCGUGGCCGGGCGGGCGGGCACCAUGUGGAUCCAGGUCCGCACGAUCGACGGCACCGAGACCCAGACCAUCGACGACCUGAGCCGCCUCACCAAGAUCGAGUGCCUACGGGAGAAGAUCCAGGAGACCUUCCGCGUGAGCCCCGAUCGCCAGCGCCUUUUCUACCGGGGCAAGCAGCUAGAAGAUGGACACACUUUAUUUGACUACAAUGUUGGACUAAAUGACAUAGUACAGCUUUUGAUACGUUCUGAAUCUGAAGCUCCUACUGCUGCUUCUGUGACAGAUCAAGAUGGAGAAGUCAAUCCUUGUGCUGUUUCCAACUGCAAGAACAAAGCAAAAAAAACAAAUAGUGGAUCGCCCAGUCAGCCAUCUACAUCAUCUCGCUCGUUCCUCAUAGAUCCUGGCAUUGGACUGUACAAGAUAAAUGAAUUGGUGGAUGCCCGUGAUGUCAGCAUUGGAGCCUGGUUUGAAGCUCAUAUAGAAAAUGUUACCCGAGCAACAAAGGGACAUAAGAAUGGUAAAGCUCAAGGGAAGAGUGGUAACACUUACAAAAGGACUAAUGGAAACUUAAAUCAAGAUCAUUCUAAAGAAAAUGCAAAUAAUUUGGACAGUACACCAUCCACAUCUUAUUCAGACUGUAUGGACACUGGUGAAGAAGCUAUUUAUCAUAUCAAGUACGAUGAGUACCCAGAAAAUGGCAUAAUAGAAAUGGACACCAUUAAUCUCCGACCGCGAGCAAGAACCAUUCUGAAGUGGAGUGAACUAAAAGUGGGUGAUGUGGUGAUGGUUAACUACAAUGUUGAGACACCAGAAGAAAGAGGAUUUUGGUUUGAUGCAGAAAUUACCUCUUUGAGAGAAAUCUCAAGGACUAACAAAGAGGUUCAUGCUAAAAUUCUGCUGGGAGGCCCAGAAGACACAAUAAAUGAUUGUAAAAUCCUUUUUAUAGAGGAAAUGUACAAGAUUGAAAAGCCAGGAGCCUAUCCAUUGACAUUUGGGGAUGGAGAUUUCAAAAGAAAGAGUGGCCCAGAAUGCAAGCACUGUAGGGCUGAUCCAGAUAAGGAGUGCCGGUUUUGUUCGUGUUACUUGUGUGGUGGCAAACAGGAUGCUCACAUGCAACUCCUGUGUGAUGAAUGUAAUAUGGCUUAUCAUAUAUACUGCCUGAACCCUCCCUUAAGCAAGAUACCAGAGGAUGAGGACUGGUAUUGUCCAUCCUGCAAAAAUGAUUCUAAUGAAGUUGUAAAGGCUGGAGAAAAGCUCAAACAGAGUAAAAAGAAAGCAAAGAUGCCAUCUGCCAGUACUGAAAGCCAGAGAGACUGGGGCAAGGGCAUGGCCUGUGUUGGUCGCACUAAGGAAUGCACUAUUGUUCCUUCAAAUCACUAUGGGCCUAUACCUGGUGUUCCUGUUGGGACAACCUGGAAAUUCAGAGUUCAGGUGAGUGAAGCAGGUGUUCACAGGCCCCAUGUUGGUGGAAUCCAUGGACGCAGUAAUGAUGGAGCUUAUUCACUUGUACUAGCUGGAGGAUUCGAAGAUGAAGUGGAUCGAGGAGAUGAAUUCACUUACACUGGGAGUGGAGGGAGAGAUCUAUCUGGCAAUAAAAGGAUUGGAGAACAUUCAUUUGAUCAGACAUUAACCCACAUGAAUAGGGCAUUGGCCCUUAACUGUGAUGCCCCACUGGACGACAAAAAUGGAGCAGAGUCAAAGAACUGGAGAGCUGGUAAGCCAGUCAGAGUAGUGCGCAGUUCAAAAGGACGGCGAAUCAGCAAAUAUGCCCCAGAGGAAGGCAACAGAUAUGAUGGCAUUUACAAGGUGGUGAAAUAUUGGCCAGAAAUUGGAAAGUGUGGAUUUUUAGUUUGGCGCUAUCUUCUGAGGAGAGAUGAUGUUGAGCCUGCACCUUGGACUUCAGAGGGAAUGGAACGGUCAAAGAAACUGGGCCUGAGUGUACAGUAUCCAGAAGGUUAUUUGGAAGCCAUGGCUAGUAAGGAGAAGAAAGAUAAGGUUAAAAAGCAAACAGUGAAACAGGAGCCAACCAGCCAAAGUAAUGGAAACCAGAAAAGGACAAUUGAUGAUGCAGGUAUAGAGGAGCCUGCAAAUACACCCAAAGCCAUGAGGAUGGGAGAUGGAGGGAAAGGAGAAGCUUUCCAGCUGACCCAAGAGCAACAAUGGCUGAUUAGAGAAGACUGUAUGAACCAGAAACUGUGGGAUGAAGUACUUGCUUCUCUUAAGGAAGGACCAAAUUUUCUGAAGAAACUGGAACAAUCCUUUAUGUGUGUCUGCUGCCAGGAGCUGGUUUACCAGCCGGUGACAACAGAGUGCCUCCACAACGUCUGUAAAAGUUGUUUACAGCGCUCCUUCAGAGCUGAAGUCUUCACCUGCCCUGCCUGCCGCUAUGACCUGGGAAAGGGCUACACCAUGGUCCCCAACAAGAUACUGCAGACACUACUGGACCAGUUCUUUCCUGGUUACAGUAAAGGACGAUGAUGUGCUCAGAUCCUUCUGUACUUCUCCCAGUGACUUUAUAGACAGUAAAGGAGAAUAAACAUGGGAAAUUCAACAGUGGACCAGCCAGGCUGAUGGGACUCAACACAUUGUCACAUUUUGAAGCAGCUAACCCUCCUCCCCUCAUAGCCAUUUUUUGGUGUUGUGAGAACUCUAAUUCUCAGCUGUCUUUUAACAUCAGCGGUAGUUUUGGCCAGUUAACAAAUAGUUUUUAAAGAAAAAAAAAAAGAAAAAGGAAAGCGUCAGCUCUUACUGGCCUAGCUGAUGCUUAAUUUAUGAUUUGUUUUUUUGUAACUACCUCAGGACAGAGGAAAAUAAAUUGUGUUAAACAAUGUUGGGGAUCAAAAAAAGUUAGUGACGUUUUAGCUACACACUGCCUCCUAAAUCUUAGUUGUGCCUGGUCCAUGUGGUUUGAUUUACAAAAAAACCAAUCCAAUAACAAAACCCAAACCAAAAGAAAAACCCACAAAAAACCAGGAAAAAGAAACAGAGUCAGCACUUAAGCCAUUUGGAUUAAAUAACAGCAAAUUCUGUGGUGUGCAUAAUCCCUUUUUUGUCUUUUUCUUCUAUUAUGCUGUAUUUUUUUGCAAGAACAGGCUGAUUUUUAGUCUAUUUUUGUGAGCUUCAUUGUGCUUUUCUUGUAUCUUAUGCAAGUUGACUACUAAUGACUAAUGAGAACAAUAUGAAUGCAUUGUUGCUGCAUUAGUGUAAAGUGAUCUGUGUUUUUUGCACUUAAAAGAGGGUAUUCAAGACACUCUAGCUGUGUAAAAAAUAGUUCAUAUAAAAAAGCCACUUCUGUAUUAGUUAAACUGUAUGCUUUUAGUAGGUCUUGUAUUAGUGGCAGUACAUCUACACGGCAUUAAAGGCAGUGCUAGCUUGGAGAGGGUUCAAAUCGCUUCAUAUUGUGAUCUGAAAUUUUAUAUACAAUAUAUCCCCCCCAAAAAUAUACCUUAUUAAAUAUUUUAUGAUUCAGAAAA